AUGGCGGACAGCGGAGCACAAAGAGCGAGUCUAGAAUUUUUUCAGUAUUUGAUAAAUUCUCCUGAAAGGUGAGGCAAUUUUACAGCGUCUGUAUAGUGUUUAAGAGCCUCAGCUUACUGAAGGCUGAUUUUUUUACAUGACAGUUGCGUGGACGAUAAAGUAUGCGUGGUGGGAAUCUUUGGGAAAGACAACGUUGGUUACAAAUCGAAAGCUGUACAUUUGAAUGGAACCAUCGGGAAAGAAGUCUUUAAGGUUUGCUUUAAAUUGAAUUGUGUUUUCAGAUGAAUUGGAACCUGCAACAAUUGCCAAAACUUGCUAGUAAUACUAAAAUAAUGUUCAUUGAACGGUACUGAAGCUAGGUAAAGUUACGUUAAUUACUGACUGUCAUAUUGCUGUUACAGUUUAUUUAUUAUUUAUUAUUAUUAUUAUUAUUAUUUAAGUUAUUAUUCAAUACAUUAAUGCACUCAGCAAUCUCAUGCUCUUUCAUUUAUUAUAGUUAUAUCACAGGCAGACCACCCUCUGUCUGUUUGGCAGUUUAUUGAAAUCUGAGCAUCAAUAGUGCCAACCAGAGGCUGAUUGGCUCUUGAAACAACAGGUUCUUUGUCUCAAUGGUUGGCACAUUUGAAUAAAUAAAAAAAAACGAUGUUUACAAACAAGAAAUAUUGCUAUAGAAUAAAUACAGAUGAUUAUUAUGGCAGCUACAAUUUACUCCAAAAUACAGAAUCCUGAUUUGAACAUAAAUUGUUUCAAUAAAAAUUCAAACGAAAUGUCAACUUUGUCAUUUGUCAUAUUUUUUUCACUGUCCUGAGCAGUUUUAAGCAUUAUUUUGUGACAUGAUUAUUUUAUCCUGGCAGUUAGAACUAAAAAAGGAGACAAAGAAGCAGCAAUCUGCCAGCGGCCAGUGGUCCAGUCCUCUUCAAGCUAGCAAAAACCAUUAAAUUUCUCAGCUCAAAAACACGGGCAUCUGAUCAUGGAGUUAUGUCUUCAAACCCUAGCUGAAUCUCAGCUCAGUCCUUCCAAAAUUUACCAAGAAAAGUGAUCCUGAAGCUACAAGAGCACCUUUUUCAACUUCAUCAGUGAAAAAUGCACAACCAGUAGAAUUUGAUGGACUGAUGCCCAGAUUUCAAUAACAACGAUGGUCACACAAACUGGUGGGAUUAAGCUUACCUCUUAUGUUUUGAGCCAGAAUCUCUAGAAUAUUUGGUAUAAUGAAAAUCAACACUUACUUAUGAAUAUUGCUAUUUGUCUGUUUUGUUUGUUUGUUUGUUUGUAGAUUGACUUCCUGGAUAGCAUGUUUAAAAACAAGGACACACAUGAGUUCUCUGUACGUAUCAAUGACAGCGAAAUGUAGUCAUAACCUGAUGUAAUAAUCUCAGCGAAUGCAACGCAUACAUUAUAAAAUUUAGAAAAGAGUGAAUAAAUAUUAGAAAUUAACUUCUAAGAGGUGUGUAUUGAAUAGAGGUUUAAGCUUUGACUACUUACGUCAUAGUAGAUCAUGGCGAUUAUGGUGGUAAGAAAUCUCAGAAGCUCAGAAUUUUUUUGUGCUUUUAGUUUUGAUCAGAUCGAAUUCUUUCUCUUCUUUAAGAGACCAUUAAAAAGAAAACAUAAGUUUUUUUAAUAUGUUUAUAUGCUAAGAAAAAAAAAAUACCAGCCAUAAUCCAUCGGACAUUUUCAGUAAUUGAUCGCAUCACAUAUUUUUGUUUGGUGAUUGAUUAUAAGCAAUGAUUGGCAGACCAUCCCACCACUCCUUUAUUUAUAAACUUUUGUACUAUUUUAUAAAUAUAUGAUGUGUUAAUUUAGUUUUUAUUUAAAAUUUAGUGCUUCUUUUUUGUCUUACAGUGUGAUAUUGAUGUCUACCACGAUGUUGAACAGAGAAUAAUUUAUUUACACCUUGUCUCCGUUUAUGACAUUUCAAGACUGCUGCAACUUUGUAAACAAGCACCACAAGAAGUAGAAAAUGCGGUAUGUUCAUGAAAAUCCCAGUAAACAAUAAAAUUAAAUGAAAAAAUGUAAUUUAUAUUCAUGUGUCAAUAAUAAUAAAACAAUCUAAUUGAUAAAGAUUAUGGGUACAUUUAGUCCAAAAGGAUGUUUGUUGAUUUUUCUAAAAAAUUAAUGUAUGUCUUAUAUAGUCGAACCCGGGCUGUUAAUACAGGUAUUUACCAUAUAUGGGACUGUUAAUUAACAGUGUCCAGAUUAACGGGGUGUUUGUAUUAUGAGGACACCACUUUCUGUCCUUGUUUAUUCCUUGUUCUCAUUAAUAUUGUAGGGGCUUGUGGUCGGGAGGUCUAGAUUUACAAUGAUGAAGUAAUGUGCUAUCAGUGGAAGCCCCUGGACAUCCCAGCAAACUGCCUGCAUCUGCUAAGAGAUGUAGUUGUUAAUACCGGCUUCUUAAAUUUAUUUCAGCACAUUUUUUUUAAAAUUAUGUCUUGUGAACUUUAGUCUCAAAUAAAGGAGUGGCUAUAAACUAACUUUAUCUUCCAGGAGUCUCAUCAAUACUGGAUGUCCCAUGAAUUCUACUAUGCCUGUGCCCUCAUGUUUCUAUUCUCUGUUUCUCACAUCAUUGUUGUAAGUAGAGCUUGCCUGUCCCUUAUUUUUUUAUUUAACUUUGGUAAAAGCUAGGGGAUAUUUGGACUUGUAUACAGUGUACACCUGUAUGCAGGCCAUCUGAUAGGAUGCGAUAAAAAAUCAGAAAUUGUGCGAUAUUUUCCAGGUAUAUUGUGCGAUAAGAUAGAACUAUUAUGCAAUAAAUUAUGUGAUUUUUUAGAGGUAAUUUCCAUUGUUUUACCAGGUUUCAAAGGAGAAAAACCACUUUAAUGUUGUUUAGUGGGCAAUUUGAAUGUAAAGGAAUAAUAAAACAUCUAUUUUAAAACAAAAGAGUUAUUAAAAUUUGUCUGAUUAUUUUGACCCGCAAAAGAAAAAGGACACUUGCUUAAUAGUACAUGACGCCCUUACACCGCUGACCACACUGCUUGUUUCUGAAAUCAAAAUGGCUGCCCAGAUAUAUGGCAGAUACCGCGAUUGAAGGUUUCAGUAGACUACAAGCAGUCUCUCUUUUUCCUGUAGUCCGUCGAGCAAAACGCGAGACACACAAAUGGCCACGCGCGUGACUGAUGGCCCUCGUUUCACGCGUCUUGCGGCUUCGCCGCUCCCGCGCGCGUGCAUUGCUCUCACUAAAUCUGAAGAAAAAGAGAGACUGUUCGCAGCUAGUCUAAGGUUUCACAUGUCUUGCAAGACUUUUUUUUAGUGGUAAAUCACCUUAAAUAACAUUAAGGGAAAAUGUUUAAUUAAAGUUAGAAUUCAUUGUUUACUUUUUUUUACAAAUUGUGCGAUCGGAUGCGAUUUGAGGUCAAUUGUGUGAAAUCGCACCAUCGCAUAAUAUCAGAUUGCCUGUGUAUGUUAUAACUGCAGGUCAAAUUUCAUUUCAGGAUACUUUUGAUUUAUUAAACCUUGCAGGUUGAUUCUCAAUUUCUUUGGUCUCCUAGCCCUUGACAACAAAGGAAAUUGAGAACCAACCAACAGUGUACUUCAGAAAAUUUUACCAGGAAUAAAUUUGGCCCCACCUCAUACACGGAUUUAAUAGUACAUGAAAUGAAUAGUGUGUACAUGUAUUUUAAAUUAAAUCAAUAAGUGGAAACAAUUUUAGUAAAUUUAAAUGUUACAAAUGAAAAAACAAUAAGCCACAUAAAAGAGAUGUGAUCCAUAAUAUGAUCACCAAUUUCAGGUUUAAAAAUUCCUUGGUGUUGUUGUUUUUGUUGUUUUCAUGCAUGGUGCGUCCCUUUAAUAAGCUCCUGUCUUCUUUGUGUGAUGAAGGAGAAUAUCAGCUGGGGAAGAAUCAAAGCCAAUCAGAAACCAAGAAAUUCAUGUAUUUUUAUUUGAAGAAUAAUCAUGGUGCAAAUUAGGGGCACCCAACCAGAAUAUAGUUCAAAACCACUUUAACAUAGCAUUGUUGAACGUAUUUUAGUAUUUAAAAUGGUAGAUAUAGGCAUAUUUUUAUCCGCUAAAAAUUUUUCAUCUGUUCGGAUUUCCUAGCUGAAAGUCUAGUGAUCUGAAAAUUAUAGGGAUCAAAACUUACUUUUUUGAAAAUUUCAUCUGGAAAAAAAGGCUCCCAAAAAUUCUAGGUGACCUUUUUAGGGUUAAUUAGCCAUUACAAACGGGCAAUAAUUGCCCGUUUGGUAUAAUUAUUAUACCAAUUUUUUAGAUGUUUGAAAAUCCUAGGAGAGGCGGGCAAGCAAGAAAUUUUACAACAAAUGUUCCGAAAAUUCUAGAUCUUAAAUCGUCUUCUGAACAGAUAUUUUCCAAAAAUUGAAGUUGGGUGCCCCUGACAAAAUUAAUGUAUGCUAGUGAUUAGGUACAUGUAUUUGGUACAUCACUUGCUUGUGUGUAUUAGUAACCAUUACUAUGCUUUCAUAUUUUUUUUUAAGGUCUUGCAUCCCUCACAAACAUUUGAUCUGAAUUACAUUAGACUAUUUCGCACUUUAGCUUCCACAAGGUUAGUACAACUUACAAAACUCAAAAAUAUACAGCAGGUAAUAAGACUACAAUUGAUUUUUUUUUUCACCCUAUUUACUAGCAUAUAACCUAAAUAAAGACUUCAUUUUUACCAUAUCAAGCGCAUUAUGCAUAAUCAAUCUCAGACCCCUCCACAUUUUUCAACUUUUGACUGGGACAAGUGAGUGAACAUCUGUGGACAUCACCUUAAAACAAGUUAAGUUGCCAAGUUUGGAAAUGAUUUGUUGAAAACUAACAAGGAAAUAGCUCUGCAAAGUCAUGGAAUUUUGUACUGAUUUGUAUUUAAAUGUCUGUAAAAUUCUGACAAUUUGUGGAGCUACAUGUAUAAUCUUUGUUCUCCUUGGAUGUACCACCUUAUAGUUUAAACGUGGUUAGUUACAGUUACAUGUAACCUUCUUUUAAGGCUAUCUUUCCAGCAGUUUCAAUGCAUAAUUUUAGCCUUUAAUAAUGCUUUUUACCAAAAGUUGGGAAAAAUGUGAAAGGUUCUACUCUUAUUUUCCUGCCAAUGACUCUGGUUGCAUUGUGUAAACUUUUUCUGAUACUGUAGGCAUCAGCUGCUACCCCAGAUUUCACAACUGCUGUCUGGCGUUGAGGGAAUUCCAGAGAUCUGGAGACAAACAGGCCGACCUUGUAUUCCCAGACUUGUGUGCUCUCUCAGACAGGUAAUACUCUGCUAUGAACCCACCUCUCUCCAGUGGGUACUAUUUUUCACCUCCCCACCCCCUCUCCCAGGGGCUUCAUUUACUCUUACAGUCAAACCAGGUCAAGCGUACCCCCCCAGAAUACAUUAAUGUUUUUAUUAUUCAAAAGUUGAAUCCGUUGCCAGUUGUAGAUUUCAGAUUGAUCUCUGCAUUCUUGCAUGUGUAAUGCGCCGUGAAUUCACACGCGAGGCAGUUAUGAAAUUUCUACCAGCUCCAUUUUUCGAAAUUGAUGUAAAUGUCUUCUAAGAAGCUUAAUCCAUUCAAAGAUUUCCAAUCUGACCAAAUACAGAGAAGUUCUCGUAAAAUAUUCACUGCUCAUUACGCAUGCAGAAAUGCCACUUUGAAUUUGACACCAGUUAUGGGAACGAAUAACGGAUUUAUUUUUCAAAUAAUCAAUUCAUUAAUAGAAUCUUGGGGGGUACGCUUGACUUGGUUUGACUGUAACACCUUUCUCCAGCUAGGUUUCCUACAGGAAGUAGAAUCUGGAAAGUCAAGGAAUUAUAUCAUUUAUAAAUUGUCAAUCAUGAAAAGUCAUGGGACAUUGAAGUACAGUCAUUAGUUUGAAGUGUGCACUAAUUACAUUGGCAACAAGUAAUUUGAUAGUGAUGAGUGGCAUGCAUUUUGGUGGACAUCAGAAUUUAUGUCUGUUGAACUUUAAUCAAGAGUAAAAUACAUAAAAAACAAACAAACAAACAAACAACCAAAACAAGUAAAAACAAAAUAACUUAAGACAAGAAUAAGUUUUAACAUUUCGAAAGUGACAGCUAAACCUAUGGAAGUUUAUGAAAAAAAAAGUCAUUGAAUUUGAAGAACUCCAAAGAAUACGAACCCUGCAAGGGUACCCCCCCCUCCUUCCCCGGGGUAUGCACUCACUCUUAAAUAAAUGUACUAUCUCACUCUGAUGGCAAGAUGGAAAUUUUCUUUAUACUUGAGGUGACUAAUGUGGAGGAGACAAAGUGUACUCCCAAGCUUAAACUACUAAGGGAGGACAGUGUUUUUUGUCUUGAUUGCAUGUAAUGAAAGUUGUAUUCAAAAAGUUAUCUCCUUUAUUUUUAGCGUGUUCCCUUUAUGGACCCUUCUCAAAUUGUAAGUCUUAAAACAUGUUUAACUUAUAAAUAUAGAUAUUUUGUAACUUACGCUUUUUCAAGAAUUUUAAUAAUAAUAUUAGUACUAACCUAUUCACCCCUGAACCUCUGGUGGUGAUCCACAUCCCUUCUACCACUUAAAUGAUGUCAUCAGUUUUAACGUUCAAGGACAACUUGGUCUGCUUACUUGUGCAGGGUAUAGAGAUCAGGGGUACCCAACGAGAAUAUAGUUCAAAACCACUUAAACAUAACAUUGUUAAACGUAUUUUAAUAUUAAAAUGGUAGAUAUGGGCAUAUUUUUAUCCCCUAAAAAUUUUUCAUCUGUUCGGAUUUCCUAGCUGAAAGUCUAGUGAUUCAAAAAUUAUAGGGAUCAAAACUUACCCAUUCGAAAAUUUCGGCCAGAAAAAAGGCUCCCGAGAAUUGUAGGUGACCUUUUUAGGGUAAAAAUCCGUUAAAAAUGGGCAAUUAUACCAUUUUUUAGAUGUUCGAAAAUCCUGGGAGAGGCAGACAAGCAAGAAAUUUUGGAAAAUAUGUUUCGAAAAUUUUAGAUCUCAAGUCGUCUUCCGAACAGAUAUUUUCCGAAAAUUGUCGUUGGGUGCCCCUGAGAGAUCUUUCAAACCAUUCCUGAAUGAGCAUGAUUUUGUCAAGGAGGCCAGAAAAAAUGCAAAGAAAAACAUGUAAUGUUGAUCCGGAAAUGGUCAUGAAAAUCUUGUUCCACUGCCCACCUACCUUAAUUUCCUUUCAUCUAAUCCUAAGAUAGUAAAAGCCGUCCCAAAAACCAUUCUGCAGAAAUAAAUGCCUAGCAAAAUGAAAGAAAAAUGAGAUGAGACAAGAAAAGCAAAAGAAGAGUCAAGAAGAGAAAAAGAAAAGAAAAAAGUGAAAACUACUGUGUCACAUUGAAAACCAAGAACUAUCUCAAAAUUUUUCUUUCCGCACAUGCUCAAACUUCAAAAGCAAUAUUAUUUCGCAUCUGGGUCAGAAGGCCAUUGUUGUUUAUUUAUUUAUUUAUUUAUUGGCAUUUUAUAUUUGUUAGUCUGGUAAGAAUCAGGAUACCUAUGCAAGUAAAACAAAAGGCAAGCAACAGGUAUGUCUCUGAGAUUGCACAGACUAUUAUUAUUUGUGAGACUUUGACUAUGUAAUUUGGUGAUCCACUCUUAUUAUUAAAAAGUUACUGAGUUUUUUGUUUUCAUUGGACUCGGUCUGCUUUUGCCUGUUUUUGUGAUUGUCCUCAAAGGCAUUAAAUUUUUUGAGCAAUGCACCUGACCAAAAGCUGACUUUUUUUCUUUCAUUUCUAGUGGUUUUUCCCAAGUUCUAGGACAAAUAGGCCAUUUGCACUAAGAGGUCAUGUGACAUCAUUUUUAUGAAAGUGAAAGUUAUAUGAUUUUUUUCUUCAAAAAACGAUUAGUGGGUCAUGUCUUGAACAAAAUAAUAGUGACUUUGUUAUUCAAACCCGUACGAUUUUCUUAAAAUGAGUAAGUUCGUAGUUGGUCACGUGACCAAAAUGUGAUUUUUGAAAUUGUGAAUUACCUCUUUCUCAACACAAAUUUUGCUCUUAAACUUCAAGGAGAAUGUUGAAAAGUUGAUGUGGGAACGUUUACAGCACAUCUGAGCGCAACUAUCAAACGUUUAACAAGAUCUAAGCAAAAAGAAGUUUUGGCCGCCAUGUUGGAGGGCAAGAGUAUGCCCUCCAACAUGGCGGCCAAUACAAAUCAUACUGCUUUGUUGAAAAAUCAAAGUGCCAUAAAAUAUCUCCCUUAAAUGCGUUUCCCCUCAAAUUUCGGGUGUAAGAUAAUUUUUAUGUGCUCUGUCAAUUUUUGGCAUCAGCAAGAUUCCAACUCAUUGUUUAAAUGAAACAUUGGUCACGUGACCUCUUAGUGCAAGUGGCCUAUUGACUAUCUAUAAGAGUAAAAGACCCUACAUGUAGCGAAUAAAAAAAUUGGUAGUGUCAAGGCUUAAUAGAGAGCUUUAGAUUUGAGGACGAGAACGGAUAUGAGUAUGAGAUUUAGCUUAAAGUUUUUGGGCGCGUUCUCAACAAAAAGACGCCCUGAAAGCUUCAUAUCAGAAGGAGGUUAAGCCCUCUCUCGAUAGCAAAAUGAUAAAACUUCUAUAAACAUUUGAUAACUUGUUCCUGCCACUACGACAUUCUCGCUGAAACUCGUAGUAGAAUGACAAUGGCUAUCACGUUUUCCCGCCAUAAUGACACUGGUUCACGCGUGAACGAUACUCAGUAUAAUUGAGAAAAUCUCGUGCUCGUAGUUGUUCUCAUCUCAGAAUCUAAAGGUUUCUAUUGAAAGGAAAAAGGCUUCAAUUAUGGUUGACGUGCAUGGCUCAAAAAAUGCCUCUUGUUAAGCUCGUUAAUAUCAGUCUCCAUCGGUUUCAGACCAGCUUGUUUAUGAUCAGGAUAUUAAGACAAGCCCUGAUGUAAUAGAAUAUGUUUUUUUUAUUUUAUUUCUAUAGACCAUCACUCCUCAAAAGAAGCUUCAACAUGCAGUAGAGGAUCAGUUGUACAGUAUCAUGAGAAAAGCAAGGCUUCUUGGCAGCCUCAGGUGAAUAAUUCUCAGUCUAUCUAUGUAUGUGGAUGCUAGUUAACUGAAGCAAACUUCCAUCUCAUAGUGAUUGGUAAAGUUACAUUGUAUACUCCUCGUCCAAACGUAACUUGGACAAUUAGUCGAUGACAUCAUUAAUUUUGAUUUAUUGUUUUUAAAUCGCGGUAAGCCUGAAUUAUUUUUUCAGGCUUUCUUUUUGCAUCCGCACUCCGAUGAUCUUCUUCGCAUUUAGGUUUUCAUUCCGCGGUUCCAAUAUAUGACAUAUAUUCGUCAUUUCAUCUCCAUAUUUCCCAGUUAUAUUACGAACCAAUUCAACUUAACGACCAGCUUCCAGUUGGUUCGCUAGCUAAAUAAUAGGCAGAGCACUGCACCGGUAUUGCAGAAGUCAGGGUUUGAAUCCUGGCACUAGAAGCCACACAUUUUUCAGGCUCUCUUUUGGCAACUGCAUAAGUUGCAAUUUCAACUGCAAUGAUGGUUCAUUUAUUUCUUCAUUCCACCUUUCAAAUAAUUUAUAUGAAAACCAUAUAUUCAUAUUUAAUUUUUGAACCUCAGCGAAAUUGCCAAUUUUGAAUAAGAAAGCAAAUUAGUUAUGUUUGUUGUGAGCAAAUGCCUAUUACGUGUUAGUAUUAGUAAGGUUUUAUGGAUAAUUAUUCUUUCUUUUAUUUUUCCAGUUCUAGUUCUCUGUUUACAGUAAAUUCAAGCCAUGCCUUUGUUCAUGUGCAACCUUGUUCAAGGGCUUUUGAUCCUGUAUCGGUUCUGCUUAACACGUUGGCCAAGCCAGCCAUUAACACAAAAUGGGGUAAGGAGUUACAUAAGACUUCAAUAUCGUUACUGUUUGUCAUUAUUAUUGUUAUUAUAUAUUUAUUUAUUUAUUUUCAUGUUUUGAAAAGUUACAAACCGCUUGUUUAUUUUACGGUUCCCAAAAGGUAGGAUGAACUCUAAAAAAAUAUUGUAGGGAAACUCUGAAAAGACUCUGAACCUUAUGUUGAAAUACAGGUGUUGGUGAGACCCAGCGUUUAUUAAUUUCAUAUUAGAUUUUGUCCAAAAACUACAAUUUUCUUGUUUCCGAAAGAAAACCGAGAAAGUAAAGCACAAAAGAAUAUUAAAAUCAGAGACAUGCGUUGUUAUAAUCUAAAAAGUGUACGUACUCAAUUACAUAGUACACCGAUCGUCAGACUAACACAGUCAGCUUAAUAGGGCUGCAACAAUGCUUCUUCCCACGAUACCGACGAGAGAGAUCGCGAUACAUGGGCUACGAUAUAAUAAAAUUAUGCGAUAAGAUAUAUUUAUAAAUUACUCCUUCGAAACGCGAAGUCGAUAAAUUUCGUGGCACCAAAAAAGCUCAGUGAUUUCCAGCGGCAGCUAUUCUCUUACUAAAAAAUUGCCCGCUUUUAACUGUUUGCAGUUGAAUCGAGUCCCUUACUGAAAAACAGUAAAUUCCUCAAGAGAGAGAUACUGCAACCUGGAGGUGACGUAGAAACACUGGGCUCUGCGGAAGAAGUGUUUUUUAAAGAUUAUCUGAAACAACAGAUUGAUCAUCUGAUGACUGGAGAUGCUGGACGGGACGGAGUGGCGGAAGGACGCAGAGGAACUCAUGUUGAGGUACCUACGAGUGUUGAACCAUCAUUACGAAGGGCUCGAAAAAAACUUGAACUCCAACUUGUUCUUUGGGCAAGCAGCUACAACCCCGGACAAAACUGUUGAGACAUUUCCAUGUAUUUUUCAAUUUCACGCCAUGCAACCAUCUUGUCGAAACUGAACAAAGUCGCCCCCCUCCCAACCUCUUGUGCAAUGUUGUUUUGGCCUUACAGCUCACGUGUGCAUUCUUGUGUUACCGUAAAUAGCAUUGCAAUAGCGGAGGGGGGAAACGGACGGACCCAGGAAUUUUUAUGGGGGGAGGGAUAUUUUGGUUCAGAAAGGACUGUUGUUUCUCGGUCGCUGUUGGCGCAGGAAAUACUGCUUUGCGAGCAGAGGCGAACAGAUCAUAGGAGGGUACCCAAAAACAAUUACAUUUUUGAAUAUCCCUGGAAUUUAGUUUAGUGGCAAAAUGCAACGCGCGUUUCAUUAAAAAAAAUUCAGCCAGUUAAACAGCGAUAUACGAUGUAAGAAUUUCAGUCUCAAACAAGAGUCAGAUGUGAUGAAUCCGCCACUGCGUAUCAGUUUAACAGCUUAAACAUUUGCUAUGAAUUUCCGUCAGUGAGGGUAGUUUUUGAUUUCCACACUCGCCGAAGAACGAAUGUUCGCUAGAUUCUGGAGUUAUUAGAUUAGAGGAAUGAGAGAAACGAACGAUAGAAAAUAAGCAAUGCGCAACACUAACUCAUAUUUAACUUGACUCUUGCCUCGAAGGUUCCAUCAUGUCGUCUUUGGGCACGCGUGUCUCUUGCACUAUUCGAAUUUUUCUUGACGCCUAAAAGCGACCUGAUUGCUCCACUCGCAGCCAUGGCUUCUCAUUUGGAUCUGGACAUGAAGUUUUCGGAAGCGUAAGUAUUUUGCUGUGUCAACGGCCUUGCCUUUAAAGUGGAUUUCCACUGUCGCGUAACUUUUACGUGCGCACGAAACAACGCACGUUUACGCACGGCUUUCAGACAUUACUCCUAUUUUAUUUACGCGCGUAAAAUUAACCCGCAUACGUACGUAAAAGUUACGGGAAAGUGAAAAUCCAUCCUAAGGAGAUUAUGGCGGGGUUCGCGAUGAUAAUAUAUGUUAUGGUUUCAUAGAAAUAUGAUUAGGGGACAUGUGUUUUGCUGUGACAAUUUAAUGUACAACUUAAGGAACUUGCAACUAAAUGUUAGUUUCAUUGGUUAGUUAAGGUGAAUUUCCACUGUUGCGUUAUUUUUACGUGCGUAGGCACCUACAUUUAACGCGCGUAAAGAAAAUCGAGGCAAUGUAUGGAAGGUCGUGCGUUAACAUUAACGUUAAAACUCACUCAACCUUUACGUUCACGCGCGACCUUUCAUACAUUGCCCCUGUGUUAUUUACGCCCGUAAAUUUUACGCGUGUACAUGUACGCAGGUAAAACUAACGCGACAGUGGGAAUCCACCUUUAGGGUCGAUUUCCACUGUCGCGUAAUUUUUACGUGCGUACGUGCGUAAAAUUUACGUUCACAAAAUUAAUAAAAUAGAGGCAAUGUCUGAAAGGUCACACGUAAGUGUAAAAGUAGAACCUUGCCUCUGUUUAUUUACGUGAUUAAAAUUUACUUGCGUUAACAUGCGUAGCCAAAAGCUAGUCAGUGGAAAUCAACCUUUAGUUAGCUUCUGCCCCAAAGCCGAUUGAGAAUUAGUCAAUCUGGUCAGGCAUUCUGUUGGCAUUUAGACGGACUGCCUCCUACACACUCGCAUCCCCAGCUCCAGCUUCAGCCACACAAAUUUAACCUUAUAAAUCUAAUACAGUCGUCUUCCCUUGAUCCUCGCCGCAGGAGAGACGUCUGAACCAUGACGUGGGAAAUUCCAUACUGAUGGGGUAAAACAAUGUUAACAUAGUUAAUCUGGUAGUCGUGGGGUUUCAAAUGUAAAUAUGUUUGAGUUUAUCUUUAUCCGGGUCUAUCAUUGACUUUUGCAAACGAGCUGCAGCAUGUAAGGGAAUCUGGAUUCCGCCAUCCGGGAAAUUUGUGCUUGUUGAAUCGGGAAUCUGAUUAAAUUUCUCGUCUGGAAUCCGGAAUCAUGAGCUUUGAAAUCAGGAAUACAGCUCAAGGAAUCCGGAAUCCUACUAAAGAUUGGAAUUCAAUAUCCAAGUUCCACUGACAAAGACCGGAAUCCGGUACCUGGAAUCCGAUGAUCCAAGACCGUCUUGUGUUUCCUUAGAUGGGGCGAUGCGUACCAUGGCGGUUUUGUCGGGUGUACUACCAAUCCCCUCGCAGUUUCACUGCCCUCGCCCACCUUGGCUUGUUUAGGCGCACGUCCAAAACCGCCAUGCUACGCAGGCUAACCAAUCCGAGCGCCUCACCAUAUUCCGAACAGGUUUAACGUCAUCACUAUGGAUUUUUUUUCGUUAAGGCGCGCACGUCUCUCCUGCGAAUCGCCUGUAGUGACGAGGAGCGAGGAGAGGCGGCUGUAUUUGCAGGCUAGUUUCACUCAAGAAAGUUGUCGUCACUUGCAUCGUCAAUCAAUUUAUUUAUUUAUUAUUUUUAUUUUUGUUUUUCCCGAGCAGACGCUGUCGGAAGGCAAUACCAGUUGCUACCAGUGCGUACCUGGAGAACCUUCCAUCACAUUACACUCAGAAUGUGCAUUUGAAUCAGGUUAGUAAACUGUAUUUGAGAAUGCAAACUCAUACUGAUGGUUAACCCUCCCCCCCCGAGUCCCUCUUAUUUACAACGACCUAUUAUACCAGUGGAGUAUCCAGGGAAGGGGCCCGGGCCCUUAUUUUUAAACCAAACUGCGGCGGAAGGGUCGAAAACAACUUUUGGAGACCGCCCCUCCCCCUUAUCUAAGGGUCUGGAUGGCCGCUCCGCCCCCCCCCUCCCGCCCUCUAUCUCGAGGUCUGGAUCUGGCAUGGUGUACAAUUCAAAUUUUAGUUUGAUAUGUGAAAAUGUUGACAGUUACUUUGUUUUCUUUUGCCAAUGUACUUGUUAACCUUUCCUUGCCUAAAUUUUUGCAGUUGUCUCAAGCAUUGCGCGUGUUUUCCUUGCACGCCCGUGGACCUGCGUUCGAGCACUACGCGGCUCAGUUUCAGGACGAGUGUAAUAAGGUAACUUACUACCUUGACAGGAACCUUUUUUUAUGGAGGCCCCCGUUCUGGUCAAAAUUAUGACAAUAUAAUUGCAAGGUGGCAAUGGCGGCGUAGUAGUGAGAGCAUUCGCCUUCCACCAAUGUGGUCCGGGUUUGGACCCUCUGACACGUUUCAACGAGUUCUUAAGAAACCCUAAGUGCUUCGUGCGUAAACAAAUUACAAUUUACAUUUUUUUCUCACUUUUUCUCAUUUUUUUGUUUCAAUUUUGUUUUUCAUUUUUGUUUUGUUUUGUUUUGUUUUUGUUUUUGUUUUUGUUUGUGUUUUUUCUUUUUUAACAGCAAGUCCGUUUUUUUUCCCACUGCAGCAUAUAUUAUAGACCCGUUGUUUAUUUUUGUCAUGACUAAACAAUUCCUUUUUCAGCGAAUCAGUAGUUAUGCUUAGCAGCAUGAAUUAUUUUUGUCAUAAUUAAACGAAUAAUUUCUUCAUGCGUACCAUGAAUUAUUUGGAAUGUAUUUUUUAGCCUACAAUACAUACAAUACAAUACAUUGUGGCCCUUGCGGUUGGAGGGGACUGGUUCAAAUGUUGACUUCCUUGGCGUCCAUUUUGAAAACUGUGCAAGCGGAUGAGUGCUUUCUAAGAGGAAGCCAAGGCGAAACAUUGUCUGGGAAAUAAAUAAAAGAGGUUUUCAUCUGUUGUUUCAAAAUCUGAGAGGAGCCAGUAGUCUGGGUAAAGGGGGAGUAGAGGAGACUACCAAAUCAAGCGGCUUCAAGACAUCGUACACAUCUCUAACCGCCUUGUUGAGUAUGAUAUGUCUUCCCAAAUGAGCAGUCCCCUGCCCAUUCUUGUACCUCGAGUCUUCUCUCGUACUGUACAUGCUUGCUUUGCGAAUAAAGACGUAGGGCAUGAGAGUGUCCCAGACCCUGAACCUCAGGAAGAAGCUCCCGAUUCUAAUCCAGACGGGCGGUCACUACAAGAAGCAGAGCCAGGACUCGAGGUAGAGAUCUCACUAACUGGGAAAUUCGAUUGAUUUCUGCUAUGGCAUUAUUGGCUAUCUCACGUAUCUGCCGUUGAAAAAACUCAUCUACUUCACAAUAUUAAAAAUAUAAUGUUAAAAAUCAAGAAUGGCUGCCGAUAAAUGAAAACAACCAAUAUGUCGUAAAGAAAUCGAGCGGGAAAGCACUCGAACAAGUCCCCUUCUUUCACAAGGCCCACAAUGUAUUGUAGGCCAAAAGAUAUAUUCGUGAUACCACAAAAAAAUACUCUCAGCCCAAUGAAAAAAUAAUUCUCAAUACCAAGAGUAAAAAACAGUUCGUAGUACCACUGAAAAAUUAUCCGUGGUACCAGUGAAAAAUUUAUUUGGAGAACUGUAAAGAAUAAUCAGACGUAAAUAAUAAUAAUAAAAACAAAAUUCAUGCUACUAAAGGUUAUUACCAACUUGUUGAAAAACGUAUUGUAUAGUAAUGACAAAGAUACACAACGGGUCCAUUAUAAGUGACCAGAACGGGCCUCCAUAUUUCCAAAUUGUUAAAAGUAGUUGUUGAUGAUGAUGAUGAUGAUGAUGACGAUGACGGUGAGGUGACGAUGAUGACGACGGCGACGAUGAUGAUGAUGAUGAUGAUGAUUGGUAAUGUAAAAAAGCGGAAUUACAGACAUUUUUCUUCUGCCGAAAUUUUUCGCAAGCCCUUUUCUGUUCGCGGAAAGAGAUCUUCUUGUUGGAGCAAUAUGUUGAAGGUUUUAAAAAGUUUCACAAAAAAAAAAAGAUGUCUUGCCUGUUAGCCUGCGAACAAGCUCUCCCGCAGGAACCUUACGUUAUAGCCUGAUUAAAAGUCAGCCAAUCAGCAUCCAUCCCCUUCUGGGACUCAGAUAUUCAAAUUUCUGAGACGUACGUGUGAGCUCUUCUUCUCUGCUCUGUACUAGAGAGCUUGGUCGCAGUCUAGCAAGGAGAUUGAAGAUGGAGCCCUAGUUGACUGCGAAGAUAUGUUUUGACACUCAACUUUGGAAAUACAGGUUUGGAUGAACGGAAGACAGCUUUGUGAAGAGCGAAGUCUGACAGGACGCCAUUGUGUUUACCCGGUAAGAUGAUUUCAUAUCAGCCCAUUAUUUUUUCUGAAAUUGGAAUUUUCUUCGAGCCCUGGCGUGCGUUUCUCUAAACUGCCAAAAACGUUUCAGUCCCGAAAAACAACUUAAGUGCACAGAGUUCAUUUUUAAUAAAUUCAAGAGUAAAAAAUUUAAAAACUUUACAAGAUCGAGAGGUAUGUUGGCCUACUUUGCCCAAAACUCCAGAUAAAAAGGGAAAAAAAAGCACUUUGCGAUCCAAAGAGAAAUAGAAAUAAGUGCUAAGCUCCGUUUGAAAUUGUUGUGUAAUUAACAGUGUAACAGGUAAGAGAACUGAGCAAAAAACUCAAGUGGAACGUACUGCCAUUCUGAGCUCAGCUCAUUGGUGAUCUCUGGCGAAAACCUAAAAAAAAUCACCAGGCAACAGUCUGUGCAUCUAUCUUCCCUUUUGUUUGUUACAUGACCAGAGCAAAGUUGCUUUUCCUUUAAACUUGGGCGACUUUCUACUUUUUGGGGGAUUUAAUGUAUUAAACUAUGACAACAACAACAACAACAACGCAAACGUGCAAAGUGAAUAUAACUUCAUGUAAUAUUUUCUGACAUUGUUCUUAGUAAAAUCCAUCCAUUCUGACUUUUCAGCUCGGUGUUCUGAUUUUUUAUUUUUCUCUCGCCAGUACCACCGAGUUCCAAGAGAUGGAGAGGUGCCCUCGGACCCAGGCUCUGACGACUCCAAGGAGAUGGGAAUCACACCGUGUAAGCCUCACUCAAGUCGCAUAACCAGCGUAAGUGCUUGCAACUGUGGAAGGAUUCAAGAGCAUAGAGAAGAUCCCUUUGAUCUCAAGGUAACGUAACAAGGGGGGCAGAACAGAACUAUGCCCCAGGUGCCCAGACUGUAUAUGUGUAGUUCUAUGUUGUCGCUAAAAGUUCUUCUUAUUCACUAAGUAGCAUAGUACAUGCAACGAACAUAAUUACAGAUUAGACCAUUGGUCAAGAGGUCACUUAAAAGAGCUAAAACACAAUAGAAAAUUAUUAAACCGUCUGCCCUGAAAAGUAGAGACGGUCCCUUACAGAAAGCGGUCGUUUACGCGUGGUUUCAACUGUAAAGCUUUAACCGGGAAAGCUUUCGUGUUUUGGAUAAGUGGUCAAUUAUGGGCGGUGGUCGCUUACAAGAGGUGGUCGCGCAUGGAGUUUCCACUGCAUUAGUUUUGAAAGGGCCAAAUAAUAUGAUCAGUAGAGUGACUUGAAUAAAAGCUUUCAUUUGAAAUGUCAGAAUAACAGCUUACAGGGCGGGAGUAUGAUAGUGCACGGUGUCAUUCGCAGAAUUCGACCUUAAAUAACAGUGACAAGAACAACUUUUUAUUUUGCAGACUGCCAACUUUGAUUUCUUUAACAUGCUGGAACUCAAGUGUUGUUCGUCGCUAGUCCACCUGUUGUUUCCGUUUCAUCCCAUCUUGUCGUCUGUCAGAGAAGAAAACCAAGAUCCUAAGAAAAUGGAGGAAGAAGCACCCCUACUGGAAACGCCAUCAGAGUUGGGAGCUCUCUCGGAAGAGGAGACAAAAUCCGGGGGUGGUGGGGAUGAGGAUCACCGUGGACACGAAGCUUCUAACAGUGUUCCGUUAGUUUCCCCUGUCGCCACCACCACCGCAUCCAUUCCCAUUCCUAAGGCGGGAAGCGUUGGAGGUGUUGAGGCUGUCGGUAGCAUGGGAUACAGUGCCAGCUCCACCUAUGGCGCGAGUGGGUACCAGUCGACCCUCGAUAUGAUGAGUCACGAAGGGCCUGAGUUCAGAAGUAUGACCUCUGAGCUCAAGAGUGGUGUUUCCUUGGGAAUGCCCAGCGAAAUUAGCACAGCAGGUUCCCAAGAUGUCUUUCAUACCGCGGGUAAUGAUCACGCUCAGCGCCUGGCCUCUGCAGAGAAAUUCACGCGACAGCGCAGCGAAAAAGAGCAGGUGUUAUUAGAGACCAUGUUAACCACCGACUCACCCUCCGGAAUUUUCCCGCGUUUCCCUUCUUGGUCGCUUUGCCGUUUGGGAAGUUCGAACGGGUACAGUCCCUCGAAGGGUCUUGAGUUGCCGGGAUUUUUCCCGAACAGUAACUUCCUGCUAGCUUGGGAUAUCCCGCUGUUGAAUGACAGCCAGUCCGAUUUGCCGAGCCAGUUUGAUGGACAGGGAAAGCAUCUCGGCCCAAAACAAAUGACAGAGGAGGCAUGGCCCACGCUAAACGAGCUUCCUUCCGCUGGAAGUAGUAUUUCAUCACUUCCUCUACACCAGGCUCUAAGCUAUGCUCACCGGCAAUGUGCAUAUCACAAGGGGAACAUGCCUCCUUUAGUUUCUGCUUCCGGUUCAGGGAAGGGACCUUCGGGGGCUUCUCGUCAGCGAGGGAGAACAUCACGUGAUGGUUCAUUACCCACGGUCAGGGCUUACAUAGGAUUGGAGUAUGAAUGUCCCAGGGGACAUAGGUAGGUAGUGGAAAAUAACCGUUGUCAGUGCCUAUUUAAUGACCCUCAUGCAUGUCUACGUCAGACGAGCAAAUCUCACUACCAAGCCUCGCUUUGAAAAUUUUGAGUCUUACAUGAGUGAAUUUUCAUUAAAGUUGUUUUGAAAAGAAUACUCACGCACAAAGGGUGCAAAUGCAAAGAAUUUUGUUCAGAAACGAUGCUCCUUGGUGGAAUUUGCUCGUCUGACGUAAACACGCAUAAGGGCCAUUCGAGUUUUAAUGUGAUUGUAUGUGAAAGACUCAGGGGAGCAACGUAGUAAAACAUUCGAUCGUACCAGGAAACGGGUGUUUUAAGGAGCCUGGUGAGAUGUCGGAGUCGGGUACAUGUCUUGUUUAGGCGGAAGACCUUGGGAAAGUAGAUACAUACAAUAAAAAAGCAAGAAACUUGUUCUUUCAGUUGGCCAGCUUUUAAUUGUCAAAGUUCAUGCUUGGUUCUGAGGCUACGGGGAAUAAAAUAGUAAAGAAAAAACGAUUAUUCAUUCGUGAAUCUCGGUGCGGUCUCUUUUGUUUUAUACCCCUAUCAACCUCGGAGCCAAGGAUGGAUUUUACUUGGAAACUGGCCUUGUAUACCACGUAACAGUGUUUAGGGAGGUUCUGUUUGCUGGUGAAUUGGAUGGGGAAUGUAAUACUUUUUAAGGAAGUAAUGAACAGGCUUAAAAACACCGAUGACAAACCUUAUUUCCAUUAAACUACCGUAAAUCGUCUAUUAACCCCCCCCGGGGGGCAUCUUUAUUUUAAGCACAUUUAUUUGUGAAUAGUAAUAAGGGGGAGGAGAGGGGGGCUUAUUAGAGAGAGAGCCGGGCGGGGGGGCGGUAAUCGAGGAUUUACGAUAAAUCCAUUUGGUAGGGGAUAAAUAGUGACGUUAGAUUUAACAAGUAAAUUAAGUUCUAUCAUGCCAGGCUCGUUUAAAGCGGUGUUUACUUCAGUUACAAGUGACAUUGAACAGUUAUAAAGCUGCAGUAGUUUUCUUCAGUGUCGGUGAUUCUACCAGAUAACUUGUUGUUUGUCGUUGUUCUUUUGUUCCUUUUCUAUAUGUAGUUGGAUAUAUGUAUCAGUUGUACCGUACGCGUUGCCAACGAAAGAAACCUAACUGUGACCAUUCAACGUGUUUAACCAGACAUCCUAGAGAUCGGAAAUAACCACAUUAUUUAUUUAUUUUUUAUUUAUUUCCUCUUUUUCUUAGGUUCAUCUGCUCCGGGCCUGACAAAAUGGUCAAAGCUACUAGUUCCGGUCACGUGAAAGAAACAGCACACAAGCUAGUGACGUCAGACAUGCCCCUCUACUUCCCAUGCCCCUGUAGGUCUUCCAAACCACUCAUGGCUCAGAUGAUGCGCGUGUUUGUAGUCACGCCCGAUUCUCCCAUCCUCGUAACUCUAAACCCGCGGGUCCAACCGUCUGUCCCGCCAUGUCCCGUGUUUUACCCUGGUGUCGCUGUCGGAUUCAGCCUUCCACCGAGUAGCUUUUGCGUUCUAAGACUUCCCUAUGUGUAUGUCUCCGAAGGUGGGCCUAUCUUACCGCCAGGUGAUUCUCAGCCUCUCUUAUCCUGCCGGGUUUUGAAGGGUAUGUUCUCAGCCAUGGGGCAUUCCCAGGAUAUCAGCAAGGGAUACGCUGUGCCGGGGAAACGCUGAGCUGGCCGAGAUUACUUUGUAGAAGUCCGUUCAACAAGUCACUCUCUACCAUGUGUCAUCUUAGCUAUGUUCAUGCUGGUGUUACACUGGAUGUUUUUAUUCCACGAUGCCUGCUGGAGAUAUCCCAGGGAUUAAAGAGACCCAGCUAGAGCUCAAACCCCGACCCUCGUUUACUGCUUUCCCAUUAUUUCCUCCCCGUUUAUCUUGGUAUGCUGUUUGAAGGUGUCGUUCAGUACAAAGGAACACUAAGUCUUAUUUUUUUUUUCUUCAUCAUUAAGGAGGACAGAGUAUGAAGGAUUGUUGCUUCUGCAAAUAUCUGUCGUGACCGUUUAUCAGUAGGAUGCCUUAAAUAUGUGCAAUUCCACAACUGGUUUCGGCCUCAUUGAUAGAACAAUAGACCUUUUUCACGACACUCGCCAUCUUUGCACGCGCUUUACGGUUGAUGGGAUAAAAGCAACGUUUCCGUGCUUUCUCAGGGGACAAACAGAAUUUGCUGGUACAGGUAAUGGCGGUCGAGUUUGUUUAUUUUCUCAAAAUGAGACAACAAUUUUAGUCAUGCAAAAUGUACAGAUAAGUUUCGUCAAGUUUUAUGUCAUUAUUGCACGCUGUGAGGACAUGUACGGUCGUUAUUGCAUCCAAAGACACAUUGAUCACUUCCACCCAUCAUCGUCUUUAAAAUUAAAAGUUCUUCAUCUUUUGUUGUCUAGAAUGAAUCUCAGUAAUGGAAAAAAAAUUGCUUUGUUUUUUUCUUACCAUUUUUUCCUAAAACCGUGAAAGUUAUUGGUUUCAAUAAAUCUUUUCCUCUGGUGUCAAAUCAGAUCAUUCAGUUGAAGUUUAAGCCUGGCGUGUUGUGAGCGUGCAUAGAGAGGCUAGAAGUUGCAAGUAAAUUAUUUAAUUACUGUUAUUAUCAUUAUUAUUGAUUUUUGUUAUUAUAAUUAUUAAGGGCUGGU